ACACGCUCCUCAAUUGCAUAGUACUGCAUAGAUAGCUAACAGAAUGUUGUCGUGCAGACCAGAGAGCUCUGAUAAGCUUGUUUGGGAGUUUCUAGGCGCAGGACCUGUAAUGAGAAACAAGAUGAUAAAGAACUGGAGUGUCAUUGGAGGGAUCGCAGCGGCGAUCGCAGCUGGAGUUUAUGUAAUGUGGGGCCCAAUCACAGAGAGAAAGAAGAGGAAGAGAGGUAUGGUUCCAGGUCUUCUAAAUCUGGGCAACACUUGCUUCUUGAACUCUUUACUUCAGGGCUUGGCAGCAUGUCCAUCCUUCAUCAGAUGGUUGGAGAAGUUUUCAAGUCUACAUGUCCAGUCCUGUAAAGACAACCAGCUGUCCACCACACUGCUUCAACUUCUUAAAGCUCUGUCCAGUGAUGAGCCUACAGAUGAAGAUGUUCUCGAUGCUGGAUGCCUCCUGGAUGUUCUCAGAUUGUAUCGCUGGCACAUCAACACAUUUGAAGAGCAGGAUGCACACGAGCUUUUUCAUGUCCUCACUUCUUCUCUGGAGGAGGAACAAAAUCGUCAACCCAAAGUCACUCAUUUGUUUGACGUUCAGUCUCUUGAGAAUCUUUCUAAUCAAGAAAACAAAAGUAUGGCCUGCAUAAGUCGGGCUCCUCUUCAUCCAAUCCCGGAUCCUUGGAAGUUUAAGCAUCCUUUCCACGGUCGUUUAACAAGCAACAUGUCAUGUAAGCGCUGUAACAUACAGAGUCCAGUGCGAUACGACUCAUUUGAGAGCCUCUCCUUGUCCAUCCCUCUUCCUCAGUGGGGUCGACCUAUUUCUUUAGAUCAGUGCCUGCAGCAUUUUAUUUCAUCAGAAACAAUCAAAGAAGUUGAGUGUGAAAACUGCACAAAGCUUCAACAAAGUACAGCUGUAAACGGACAAGUUUUAGAAAGCCAGAGGACCACAUUUGUUAAACAGCUCAAACUUGGAAAGCUCCCUCAGUGCCUGUGUAUCCAUCUACAAAAACUGACGUGGUCCAGUCAAGGAACUCCCAUCAAGCGUCAGGAGCACGUGCAGUUCACAGAGUUUCUAUCGAUGGAUCGCUACAAACACAACGGCUCCGCACGCGGUCAUCAGCGGAUCCGAUGUGCUCCCAAAGCUCCACAGGCGGAAAUUUUAAACGAUUCCACAGAAAAACCCAAAGCUAAUGAGACCGAUAACAACAACAAAACUUUCUCUAAUGGAACCUGUUCUCCGGUGUUUAUUCACUCUCCUGGUUUAAACCCACAGCUUGCCCUCACAUAUGACUACAGCGUCUUCCCUUCCAGCUCGACAGAGUACUUGUUUCAGCUCAUGUCUGUGCUGGUUCACCACGGGGACAUGCACUCAGGACAUUUCAUCACGUACCGCCGCAGCCCCUCCUCACCUCGCGGCUCCUCCGCCUUCAGCUCGCAGUGGCUUUGGGUAUCGGACGGCUCGGUACGAAAAUCCAGCCUGCACGAGGUGCUGUCUUCCAACGCCUACAUGCUCUUCUAUGAGAGAGUUUGCAGACCGAGCCUCAGCACGUGCUCAGAUGAGUGA